CUGAGCACUUCCGCCGGGGGGUCAGGUUUCCCAUCUCUCCGUCAUUCGGUAUUUAAAUUGGACUGCAGGAUUUCAGCUGCUGCCCCACUCCGCUUUGCGCCGUGAAAGAAAAUAACACCAACCGCUAGCUGAAAGAGUUAGCUUUUAAAUUUGGGGCUCGAGAGCUACGGAAUCCAGGGAGGUUUUUGGGUUGUUUUGUAGAGAGGCUGAACAAUAACGGUGGAUGCAUAUUGACAGCUGCUCGGUGCAUCAUUUCUAGGACUUCUCUGCUAACAACCGGAUCAUAUUGAAUAGCGGUAACCUCUACCAGAGCGGAAUAAUUGCGAUUAUUUUCAAAGGGAGUUUGUUUACUGCUGCAGAUUAGUAAACAAAAACAAAGUCAUUGAAAGCAGAGCUGGGUUGCAUCAGUGGCCUGGAGCUGGAAGGACCAACAAGUCCGUUUAGGAAAGACAUUUAAGAUUUAAUUGAUGCAUAUUGCCAUUUCACUGACUGUUUUUGUAAAUAUGAGUAAAGAAUAAAAUAAUAUCCAAAUUAUAUCAUAAAAUUUAUUCAAAAGAUUUUCUGCAAGCUUAACAUAAAAAUUGAAUUCAGUUGAUUCUCCUGUAGCAUAGUCUAUAUUAAGCUUGGAUAAUUUUUAAAAGAUAGUUCUCUAGUUAUCUUUUAAGUGUUAUUUUUCUUUAAAAAAGUUAGCAGAAAAUAAUUCACCCUAUAUUCUAUAUUAUUUUUUUUUUCAUUUAUGCAGAAAUUUCUCCCUUUAUGCCACAUCUUCAAGUCAUAUUAGCCAUUCUGAUCCUCCUGCUCAAGAUAUUCUAAGAUCUUACUCCCUAAAAGUUGGUGAAUUAGUCCACCUGCAGGUAAACAAUGUUCAGCUGGCUUGGAACCGAUGACCGGAGGAAGAAGGAGCCAGAAGUCUUUCAGACUGUCAGUGAUGGACUGAAAAAACUCUACAAAACUAAACUCCUACCGCUGGAGGAGAGCUACAAGUUCCAUGAGUUUCAUUCUCCAGCCCUGGAGGAUGCUGACUUUGACAACAAACCGAUGGUUCUACUGGUGGGGCAAUACUCCACUGGAAAAACCAGCUUUAUACGCUACCUGCUGGAGCAGGAUUUUCCUGGAAUGCGUAUUGGCCCGGAGCCUACCACGGAUUCUUUCAUCGCGGUGAUGCACGGAGACACCGAGGGGGUCAUCCCCGGGAACGCUUUGGUGGUCGACCCCAAGAAGCCCUUCAGAAAGCUCAAUGCAUUUGGAAACGCUUUCCUGAACAGGUUUGUGUGCGCCCAACUACCUAACCCUGUGCUGGAAAGCAUUAGUGUGAUCGACACGCCAGGAAUUCUGUCCGGAGAAAAACAGAGAAUAAGUCGGGGCUAUGACUUUGCUGCUGUCCUGGAGUGGUUUGCAGAGCGUGUGGACAGGAUCAUAUUGCUGUUCGAUGCCCACAAACUGGACAUCUCAGACGAGUUCUCAGAAGUGAUAAAGGCCUUGAAGAACCAUGAAGACAAGAUUAGAGUUGUGUUGAACAAGGCGGACCAGAUUGAGACCCAGCAGUUGAUGAGGGUGUACGGUGCCUUGAUGUGGUCGCUGGGGAAAAUAGUCAACACCCCUGAGGUGAUCCGUGUCUAUAUUGGCUCUUUUUGGUCUCACCCGCUGCUGAUCCCCGACAACAGGAAGCUGUUUGAAGCAGAGGAGCAGGAUUUAUUUAAGGACAUUCAAUCUUUACCCAGAAACGCAGCACUUCGGAAACUCAACGACUUGAUCAAGAGGGCCAGACUAGCUAAGGUUCAUGCCUACAUCAUAAGUUCUCUGAAGAAAGAGAUGCCUACUGUGUUUGGGAAGGACAACAAGAAGAAGGAGCUGAUCGCCAGUCUGGGAGACAUUUACAAGCGGAUCGAGAGGGAACAUCAGAUUUCACCUGGAGAUUUCCCUAACCUGAAGAAGAUGCAGGAUCAGCUCCAAGCUCAGGAUCUCACCAAGUUCCAGCCUCUCAAACACAAACUUCUGGAGGCUGUCGACGACAUGCUGGCUAAUGACAUUGCUAGCUUGAUGGUGUUGGUGCGCCAAGAGGAAACCCAAAAGCCCAACCAAGUGGUGAAGGGCGGCGCAUUCGACGGCACUCUGAAUGGUCCGUUUGGGCACGGAUACGGAGAGGGAGCCGGCGAAGGCAUCGAUGAAGCAGAGUGGGUGGUCGCCCGCGACAAACCUGCGUACGAUGAGAUUUUCUACACCCUCUCUCCUGUCAAUGGAAAGGUGACCGGGGCCAAUGCAAAGAAGGAGAUGGUGAAGUCAAAACUGCCCAACACAGUGCUGGGAAAGAUCUGGAAGCUGGCAGAUAUCGACAAGGACGGCAUGCUGGAUGACGAGGAGUUUGCUUUGGCCAAUCACCUGAUUAAGGUGAAGCUGGAGGGACAUGAGCUGCCCUCAGAGCUGCCUGCACACCUGGUGCCUCCAUCCAAGAGGAAAAUGCCUGAAUAAAUGGUAGAUUAGAUCCAUGCCUGGAGAAAACUGUAAAUGGAGGACUUCAACA